CAAUCGGCGUAUAUAUGCUCGAACACGGGUGUGCAUGACCUCCGCGGCUUGUGUGGCUCGAGCAUUUGGCUCACCAUGAUCAAAGACAAGUCAGACAAGGGCACACUUGCACUUUCUUUGAUUCGCCAACCCGACACGCCAAUCUUGGCAGCCACAAAAGGGCCGGCAAAUAGCAAUCAAAAAUCCUCUGACAGAAGAAAAACCUUGCAAGGGAAUGGAAUCAUCACGGCCCCAAGCCAUCGUUGCGUUAGCUGUGACUGGCGACGCAAACCGACGACGACGCUUGGGUGGCUCCUAGUCACAGUGCGCAACAGCCAGCAGAAUUAUACUCGAGACUCCCAGACUGCUGCUGCCGGCUGGCGAGCUAAUUUGAUCGGACCAGUCCGUAUCUCAUACCCUCCCCGCGCUUCGCCGUCUUGCAUACAAAUCGACCCACACGCAGCCUGGGCGACUAAGCGAUACGAUAUCCGACUUGCCCGACCGGCGUAUUAUGCACACAUGUUUCUGGGACUCCUCGUGCCUUGA